AUGCCCAACGUACCAGCCACCAAGAAGCUGCAGAGUUCCCCCAACGCAGGGGCUGUCUGGACCUUCCGUGCCCCAGAGAAUCCAGCGCAGGUACCCGACAAGCCAAUGAAGAGCAUCAAGUAUAUGGACAAGGAAAUAGUAAACCUCAAAAAAGACCUUGUACGAAGCCGCUUCUUGAUCCAGUCGACGAAGAUAGGCCGCGGAUAUUUUACCACUCUGAAGGAGGAGAGUGCAAUGAAAAAGAGGCAACAACAGCUUGAGAAACUGCAGGAGGAAGAAAUAAAUAAAUUCCAGCCAGCCAAAAAGAGCUCGGAAAUCCACUGUAGGGACACCUUACUGACCACACACGACGAUCAGAAGUUUAAGAAGUUGGGGGCUGGAGCCAUACUUCGCCCAUUUGCUCCCACCCGCAGCUGCAUCCUUGCUCCCUCCCUACCCGAGGCUCACGUUGAGCCCCUCUUCCGCCAGCUCUGUGCCCUCCACUGGCUCCUGGAGGCCCUGAUGAUCGACCACACCCACCACACCAUGAACCCCCUGAUCACCUGCUGGAAUCCAAAGGACCCUGGUGGAAGCAAGAGCACAAUAAAAGAAAUCAAUAAGGACAAGUCCAUAGGACAGAGGUGGGAGCAUUUCGUCACGGCGCCAAAGACCAAGAAAUCAAAAAUUCCUGUAAAGCAAGUCACCAGCCACAAGCCAAGCCAGCGUGGCUCCACGCUCAGUCUGACCCGGACCAGUGGGGGAUCAUCCCCCCAGGGUAGCAUGAUCUCUGUGAACCCUGGCUCAGAUGAGCCCCAGAGUGUGAUCACCCCGAUGACUGGCAGCAAGGACAUGGAGGACAAUGAAUCGUCUUCAACUAAGCCUGAUGAAGAACCUCUCCAUGUCUAUCUGCAGAAGUUCCGGGAGCUCGUUUGGGAAGAUGCCCGGAGGACAAUCAUGCUAGAAACUGGAAUGCAAAAAAAAGCACCCAGCAUCUUGCCAGUGCUCAAACAAAACAAGAGCAAUUCUGCCUACAAGGACAUGCAGACCAUCCACGAAUCAAGUGACAGAUCCAGCAGUACAAGUGGAGAAAGCCACACCCAGACAGUCCAGAAGAAGUCAAAAAACCGCAAUAAUCGAGACAUCAUCCUCUCCAAGAGUGGACUGUGUAACACCAUGAGGGCUGAGUUUUACAGCGUGGCCCAGGAGGCUGGCUUCUGCCUGCAGGACAAGCUGGAAAUCCUCAUGAAGCGCCAAGAAGAAAGGGGUCUCCAGAAGUUCCGCUCUUUUGUCCCUGUUUCAAAUUUUCGAAAGGAUGUAGCAAAAAUGAGACGUCAAGUAUCUGUAGUAAAAAGAGAUGCAGAAGAAAUUGCAGACCACUGGUACUUUGAUCUGCUGUCCAAACUGCCGGAGGAUCUAAAGAGCUUCCGCCCCUCCAAAAAGAUCCUGGUGAAACUGCAGAAGUUUGGGGAAAACCUGGACCUAAGGAUCCGACCCCACGUCUUCCUGAAGGUGCUACAGGAUCUGAGGGUCUGGGAGCUCUGUUCCCCUGACGUCGCUGCGGCCAUCGAGUUUGUGCGAGAACACAUCAUCCGUAUGCCUCAAGAGGAUUACCUGAGCUGGCUGCAGAACCGGAUCAACAUCUCCAUCCGGCCCUACACCACACUGGCGUAGUCUGGGCCUGGGUGGACCAGCUGCCCCAUGGAGGAGGACUAGACUACACCGUGUUCCUGCAUCCUACCUGUAUCCCUGCUUCCCGACUAUGCCCAUGGAUACAUUUUAUGAUCCAGUAGGGUCAUGUGGAGACUGACU